AUGGACAGUGAAUAUCAGAGAGAUGGUAGAUUAAUGGAUAUGAUCGAUGAGAAAUGGCGGUCGGACCAGCUACCUAAAGAAGAUAUUCAGGUGCCGGUAACAGCACGGCCAGAACCUGACCAGGAUAAUGGCCUCAGUACAGAAAAUGUGCACGAGCAAGAGCAGAAAUGGUUGGACUUGGCACUAUCCUCUCUCAACAGCAUGCCACCAACAUCCACACAAAGCUAG